UGAAGCCGUACAGGACCAGACGACCCCAAAGCCCGGAGGUACUGGCGGAGGCGGCCGGCGAUGGAGGGAAGCAGCCGCCGCGCCGGCAGCGCGAGGGCGUCGCUCAAGGUGGUGCUGCUCCACGGCAGCCUCGACAUCUGGGUGCGCGACGCGGGGGGCCUCCCCGACAAGGGCGUGCUCUACAAGAAGUUCGGCGACCUCCUCGGCCUGCGCAUCGUCGGCUCCGUCGCCGGCAAGGUGCCCAGCGCCUCGAUGACCAGCGACCCCUACGUCACCGUCCAGGUCUCCGCCGCCACCGUCGCCCGCACCUACGUCGUGCCCAACAGCGAGGACCCCGUGUGGGCGCAGAACUUCGUGGUGCCCGUCGGCCACGAGGCGGCCGAGGUCCACUUCGCCGUCAAGGACAACGACGUCUUCGGCGGCCAGGUCAUCGGCGCGGCGGCCAUCCCCGCCGAGCAGCUCCUCUGCGGGGACAGGAUCGAGGGCGCCUAUCCUCUGCUGGAUCCCAAUGGCAAGCCGUGCGCUCCCGGCGCGGUGCUGCGGCUCUCCAUACAGUACACCCCGGUGGCUCGCCUCACAGCGUACCACCGUGGUGUCGCUGCUGGGCCGGACAGCCAUGGAGUGCCAAAUGCAUACUUUCCUCUGCGCCGUGGCAUGAGGGUGACCCUCUACCAGGAUGCACAUGUGCCGGAGGGCUGUCUCCCGGACAUCCGGCUUGACAAUGGGCUCCAAUACCAACAUGGGCAAUGUUGGCGCGACAUGUACACCGCCAUAAUCCAGGCACGGCGGCUGAUUUACAUCGCCGGCUGGUCGGUGUUCCACACCAUUCGGCUCGUGAGGGACGGGGCCAAGGAGGUGCCGGUUCAAAUAUUGCUCUGCCCAAGAUCUGCUGGGAAACGUCACAGCUGGGUGAAACAGAAGGAAACAGGAACAACAUAUAGUCAUCAUCAGAAAACAGUUAUCGUGGAUGCUGAUGCUGGUGGUAAUAGGAGAAAAAUAAUUGCUUUUAUUGGAGGCCUUGAUUUGUGUGGUGGACGCUACGAUAUACCUGGGCACCCUCUGUUUCGGACUCUUCAAACUUUGCACAAGGAGGAUUAUCACAAUCCAAACUUUGCUCUAAGUGUGGUUGAUGCUCGUGGCCCAAGGGAACCAUGGCAUGACUUGCAUUCAAAAAUCGACGGUCCAGCAGCUUAUGACGUUCUAAAGAAUUUUGAGGAGCGUUGGUUGAAGGCAUCGAAACGCCAUGGUAUUAAGAAGUUUGGAAAAUCAUAUGAUGAAGCACUUCUCAGGAUUGAAAGAAUACCUGAUAUCAUAAACAUUAGCGACACAUUAUAUUUUAGCGAUAACGAUCCUGAGGCAUGGCAUGUUCAGGUGUUUCGAUCUAUUGAUUCCAACUCUGCCAAAGGAUUUCCAAAGGAUCCACGAGAAGCAACCAGAAAGAAUCUUGUUUGUGGAAAGAAUGUACUAAUUGAUAUGAGCAUACACACAGCUUAUGUGAAUGCCAUCCGGGCAGCCCAACACUUUAUUUAUAUUGAGAAUCAGUACUUCAUAGGUUCUUCAUUCGAUUGGGAUUCAAACAAAGAUAUUGGGGCUAACAAUCUAGUACCAAUUGAAAUUGCUCUCAAAAUCGCAACCAAAAUUAAGGUGAACCAGAGGUUCUCUGCAUACAUAGUGCUUCCUAUGUGGCCUGAGGGUAAACCAACUGGUCACAUAGCACAAAGAAUUCUUUACUGGCAGAACAAAACAAUGCAAAUGAUGUACAAGAUAAUAUAUAGAGCCUUGAAAGAGGCAGGUUUGGAUGAUGUAUAUGAGCCUCAGGAUUAUUUGGUCUUCUUUUGUCUUGGCAAUCGUGAAGCUUCUGACAGUCCCAGCGCUUCAAGCACAGCAGAUAGUCCUCAGGAACAAGCUAGGAAAAAUAGGAGGUUCAUGCUGUAUGUACAUUCAAAGGGCAUGAUUGUGGACGAUGAAUAUGUGAUAAUUGGAUCAGCUAAUAUCAACCAGAGGUCCAUGGAAGGAACCAGAGAUACUGAGAUUGCUAUGGGAGCGUAUCAACCACAGUACACCUGGGCAAAUAAAAUUUCUGCCCCUCGUGGACAGGUUUACGGGUACAGAAUGUCGCUCUGGGCUGAGCAUAUCGGAGCUAUCGAGGAAGACUUCAACCAUCCAGAGAGCAUAGAGUGCAUGAGGCGGGUUCGACAUCUCGGGGAACAUAACUGGGAUCAGUUCGUUGCCAAUGAGGUGACUGAGAUGAGAGGGCACCUCUUGAAGUACCCUGUAAGUGUUGACCGUGAAGGCAAGGUGAAACCCUUGCCAGGAUGCACGACAUUCCCAGACAUGGGCGGGAACAUUUGUGGCUCUGUCCCCUUUACACUCAUCCAUGAUAACCUCACAAUAUGAAUUUGGUUGUGCAAGUAUGUAUAGUUGCUAGUGGUUUCUGGGGUAGCCUGGACAGGUAAAAUGGCAAUUUUAUAGUAUCUUGGAUGUUGUUAAGGACGAGCCGUGAGAAUUGUUAGUUAUGUUCUUCAAGUAGUAUGAUGUUAGUUGCCCAAA